CAAAAACAACUUGUGAAAAAAGCGUAGUAGUGGAAUCCCAAUCCCCAACCUCAGCAACUAGAUCCAGUGGGAUAGCACUUUGAAUCGAACAAUGAUUGGGUUGCGAGCUUUAUCUUUUCUCGGAAUCGCUUUUCUUCUUUCCUUAGAAGAUAGAAUCUCAACGCCCGUUUGCAAUAAUCCCGUUGCGGAAGUAGAUUCCCUAAAGGUCAUGAUGGUUGCUGACCUUUUGCUUCUAGGCUCGGAAGCUGGUUAUAUUAACCGCUUCUUCAGAGAUCACUACAUGUCCAAAUUCUUUCGGAAAUCUUUUGAAAGUUUGAAGCCUGAUUUGCUUAUUGUCUUGGGGGAUGUUUCUGCAAAAGGUUCGAAGUUAACGAAAACCAAAUGGCUGUCGGUACUCCAUCAGUUUUACCAAAUGGUGGGGCCCUUUGUUGAUCUUCCAUUCCAUGCUACUCUCGGUGACAGAGAUAUUGGAGAAUGCAGUGAUCUUGAUGUGAAUAAAGUCAAUUGGAUUUCUCGCAAGUUACCGGGAUUGGAUCGUUCCGGUUGUGGUGCAUUUGAGAUUGGUAAUGUCAGUUUUGUUUCACUGAAUGCUGUGGCCUUGCUUUGUGACAACAGUAGUUUACGUUUUGAUGUUGAAAAAGUAAUAGAGAGCGAAAGUUUAGAACUUCGUGAGGUAAUAGAGGCAACAACAACAAAAACAAGAAAUCAUUCCACGCACUCUGCGGAUGCCAACUAUAACUUUUUCUGGAGGGAAAGCACGCUGUCAUCUGGAUCAGGCCCUGUCCUUCUGCUGCACUUACCGUUGGACCGAACUAGAAACGAGCGCUUUGGUGGCACUGAAGGUUUUGAAAGAUCUUCUAGCUCUUUUAUAGAGCGGUUAAAUGUGGUGCCAAAAAACAGGGAGCUCGUCGGGACUGGCCUGUACAAUUUACUUCAUACCCUCCCACUGAAUGCUUCUGAGUAUAUUUUACAAGCUCUGAGGCCAAGGAUCAUCUUUAGUGCUCACAGGUAUACAUUUUCUGACCACGUCCAUUUCGAUAGAACUCGGGAGAUUAUUGUUCCGGCAAUGUCAUGGAAUGCAAGAGAUGACCCUGGAUUUGUAAUUGCUACUUUCCAAAAAACAGGAAGAGAUGUGAAUAUAAGCUAUUGUUCUUUGGCCAGGGAAUCUCAUAUUCUUGUAGUUUAUGUCUCUAUAAUUGUUUUGUUUUGUUUGGCAUGUUUAUUAAAAGGAUAGUAUGGAUGAUUACAAACAACUUCCAGAAAAACACCAAAAGAAAGAAGAUAGUAUUAAAGUAGAGAAUGCUUUGUCUCUACCAAUUUUGAAAUCCAAGAUAAGUUUUGUUGCUAAAUUGAGUUUAGCUCAAGAAUGGCAAAAAUGGAGUGUUUAUAACUUGGAUCGGCCCAUUGAUCAAAUCGACCCAAGUUAAUUGGGUCGGUUUUGGAUUUUAUCUCUGAAGAAAUGUCAGCAUCAAAUGAAUCAAUAAUUUUGAACAACUUCAAAAUCUAAAUUGAUGGACAGGAUUUGAUUUUAUCAAAGGUUUUCAA